GCGGGUUCUCUUCCCACGGGCGUCAUGGCGGAGGCGGCACUGGACAGGGUGCGGAGGGCGUUACAAGAGUUCCCGGCGGCGGCUCGCGACCUCAGUGUUCCUCGUGUUGUGCCCUACCUGGAUGAGCCCCCAAGUCCACUCUGUUUCUACCGAGAUUGGGUGUGCCCCAAUAGGCCGUGCAUUAUCCGCAAUGCCCUGCAGCACUGGCCAGCCCUCCAGAAGAUGUCCCUCUCCUACUUAAGAGCCACAGUGGGCUCCACAGAGGUGAGUGUGGCCGUGACUCCAGAUGGUUAUGCGGAUGCUGUGCGAGGGGACCGGUUUGUGAUGCCUGCUGAACGUCGCCUGCCCAUCAGCCAUGUGGUGGAUGUGUUGGAGGGUCAGGCCCAGCACCCGGGAGUCCUCUAUGUGCAGAAGCAGUGCUCCAAUCUGCCCACUGAGCUGCCCCAGCUUCUGUCAGAUAUCGAGUCCCAUGUGCCCUGGGCCUCUGAGUCCCUGGGAAAGAUGCCUGAUGCUGUCAACUUCUGGCUGGGUGAGGCAGCUGCUGUGACAUCCUUGCACAAGGACCACUAUGAAAAUCUGUACUGUGUGCUCUCUGGUGAGAAACACUUCUUGUUACAUCCACCCAGUGACCGGCCCUUCAUUCCCUAUGAUUUGUACACACCAGCAACCUACCAGCUGACUGAAGAGGGCACUUUUAAGGUGGUGGAUGAGGAGGCCAUGGAGAAGGUGCCCUGGAUCCCACUGGACCCCCUGGCUCCAGACCUAGUCCGGUACCCCAGUUACAGCCAGGCACGGGCCCUUCACUGUACAGUGCGGGCCGGUGAGCUGUUGUACCUGCCGGCUCUGUGGUUCCACCAUGUCCAGCAGUCCCAUGGCUGCAUUGCUGUGAAUUUCUGGUAUGACAUGGAGUAUGACCUCAAGUACAGUUACUUCCAGCUGGUGGACUCCCUCACUAGGGCCGCAGGCCUUGACUGAUGGGACCCUCACAGACACUGCAAAGGACAGCCAAUGUGGGAGGUUGAUUCUAGAAGCAGCCUAGAGUUUGACUAUGCGCUGGCUGCUUCCUGGGUCCCUUCGUGGGCUGAGAUCAACCUUGAAGAAACUUGGAAUACAGUUGGAGGACCAGGAGAUGCCAGGCAGGUCUGGGUGAGGGUGCCCAGGAAGUUGCCACACAGGUGACAAGGAAGCAUGGAUCAGGUCCAGCAGUGCCUCUCACCAGUGCUGUGACCUUGGGUGAGUCAGGGCAUGUCAGCAUCGGUCCUCUGGCUGUAAAGUGGAGAUAAUAAUAGCUCUAGCUCCCAGGACUGCUGUGGGGACAGACAUGGACCAACACAGAGGAAGCAGUCAAUAAAAGGUGGCGUUGAUACAUCUGGUCUCAUAUUCCCCAUCACCGUUGCCUUCUAUGGCCUGCUGAGGGCUUAAAUGUUCAGGUAAAAGUUUCAAGGUGGUCCUGAUUGAAGGGCAUAAGCCAGAUCCAGGCCUGGGGUGGAUGCUACCCACAUACAACAGUUGUGUUAGAACUGCCUGGGACUUGCCGGGCUCAGGGCCACCAGUGCUAUCUCUAGUUUGGUCCCAGACUGUUUGCUUUUCCUCCCUCAGCUCCAGGGAAGCUGAUGGGUCUGGAGCCCUGAGGGUAACUCCUAUUCUACAAGCAUGAACAGGAAGUGAUGGGAACCAUGUUCCUCCUGAGCUGUUCUCUGAGGAAAGAGUUGAUCUCCACACCCAGACUCCUUCUCACCAGCUAAAGAGCUGGGAGAGCCCUAUCCCCGCAUGCCAACCCACAGGCCUCAUCUCUGGCCACCCAGCUCCAGGGGUGGAGGCAGCCUAGACACAGCUUUGAAGGGCUGUUUUAUGUGAAAGCCACUCCCCUCCCUACAAGGUUGUGAUGGAGCCUGAGGUGCUCUUCUGAGAUUGCCCAGGGCUCCAGUUCAGACUGGGCAUUCCUGUCAUACUGGCACUGGGGAGGUUGCGAAAGGACCCACGACGACAUGAUGCUCAGCCCCACUGUUCACUGCUGUUUUGGGGGGCCACGGUCUGCUGACCUUCUCAGCCUGUGGCAGCAAAUUCAACUAGAAGCCCUCCUCUAAGUUAGGGCUGGUUGGGACAGUGGACUUCAGGGAGACUGUGGCUAACUCCAGGAGGUGUCACUGACUCCAGCAUUGGCUUAAGGUGUCUCACUUCCUGGGCAGGUGGCUGGGUCAGCAGUGGGUGUGGGGCUUGGGUGGAGCGGAGGACUCUGUAGGAGGGAUUUGAGAGGAAUGUGUGGGCAGUUGGCUCACCUUGGCUCUGGAUUUAAAGCUGACAGUUGGUCCUGUGGCCACCACCCCAUCUUUCCUGUUCCUGUGGACUCGGUCUCAUGGCUCUGGUAAGGCUCCAUAGGGCACUGGGCUCCCCAUUUCAUCCAGGGCCUGGUGGCUAUGGUUUCUAAGAGGAGCUGUGGGCUUCUCUAAGCAGAGGGAGGGAUGCUUUUCAGCUUCAGGACCAGACAGAGUGGAAGGCAGGGGCAAGGCCAGAACUGGGAUGGAGGUCUGUCUUGGGAAUGGGUUCCAGGCAGAACUCCCUGGAUUUGGACCCUGAGAACUCUGAGGAUCUUAUUCACUGUCCUGGGGGCUUAGAAGUAGCUGCUCCAUGCCUCUGACUCGGUUACUUGGCAUGUGGGAGCCCCAGCGCUGCCUCAGAAAUGAACUUCCUCAGCUUUGCUCCUGACCAUGGAGCUCUCUGAACUUGACUAUUGGCUCCUUUCCAGAGAUAUGGCUGAAGACCAAAAGGAAGGACAGGUGGUAUCGAGGACUGUGGGGGUGGCACAGGCUUCCUCUGCCCUGGCACACUGGCAAGUGUCCACAUCUCCAGAAGCAGGGGAUUUGGAAGGAGCUCUGGAGACCCCUAUCAGAUCUGGAGGAUGACAAUGUGUGGGUGGUCUGGGUUGGUAGCUGCUAUCCUGAUCAUGCAGAAUCCAUUCCCAGGAUGGGGCAGACAACACAGGUUCAGCUCACUCAUGGUGCCUAAGCCCCAAUGUAUUCCUUUCUUCCACUUGACACUCAGACCAGCCUCAAAGCGUCUUGGUGGGGUUAGGGUUGGUGGUGAGGUAAUGGGCUAGAAAGACAAAAGCCCAUACCCAGAAAUAGUGUGGGCCAUUAGCAAGCCAGCUUGCCUGUGUUCCGAUCUUAACCAUGCCUCAAGAGAGUGGCCUCGAUUUCCUCAUGGUUGGUCACUGUCAUAGCACCCUUCAGAGGAUGUGUGACAACUUAAUAAAUAUAUGCUAAGACCUUGGUAUGGAGCUGGCACAGUGUGGUGUUUAAUUAUGAGAAGGUGUCAUCGUGUAGAUACGAUGUCUCUUGUCACUCUGGGAUUCUGGUGGGUGCAAGUGGACCUGGUCCUUUUAGUAGAGAGUUAAACCUUGAGAGAUUGCCCCAACCUCCCCGAGGCCCUGUCACAUUUGCCCCAUCCACCUAUAGCAAACCUGCCCUGUCUGUCUGCAGGCAAAGGUGGCAGGGACAUGCCUGCUCACUGUCCG